UAGAUCGCUAAGUGACAUGUGACUGUAUUGGGCGAUUUGUAUGUGGAGUUGAAUAAGAAGUGGAAAGAAUCUUAUGGAUUAGCAUAAACUCUAGGACGAUUUCAAGAGCGAUAAUUUGUUGAAAGUUAAACGUGAACAGAGAUUUUCGAACAAUUCAUCAGAUUCGUUACUACAAAGAGAGACGAUUCGGGGAUUCUUAGGACGAUUUUGAAUGUGAAUGAACAAAAAGAAAUUUUAGUCGAGAUCGUCCAGUGAUUUGUGAGCGAUUCAUUCUUUUCUUUUUUUUUUUGUUUUCUUGUUUUUUGACAAGAGGACGACGUGGUUGCGAAAAUAUUCUUGAAAGUCUGAUGGCACCUGAUCUCGAGAAAAGACGCCAGGAAUUAAGAAGGGGCAGCAGCGGGACCUUGGAACAUGUUAAUGAUCAAUCGGGCAUGCUCUUACAGUUGAGGUGUGCAGACGGCACAACGGAUCUUCAUCGUCAUGGUAGCAAUGCAGGCGGUGCGUCGUCAACGGUGACAACAUCGUCCGUCUCGAGAAGCACCAUAGGUAAUCGUGCCCAUUCCGCGACCAGGAGGACGGUUCCUAAUCAGCAGUCACAGCAGCAACAAAUCCCACAACAACAACAGCAGCAACAACAAGCAAAACAACCCAGAUUUUUAUUAUCAUCCUUCGGUGGUAUAACUGCGAGGAGUUCUGAUGAACACGGACCUAGGACCGGUACUACGCAAGACGACAAUUCGAACGAUUCCGGUCUUGGCUCUGACGAACGUCAGCAGCACUUCAACAACAUCACUCUCUGGAACAACAUUGGCGAGGAGGAUUCGAAGAGAAGGAAAAUGGAUAUUAAAUUAGAGUCCGAGGACGCAAAUUUUGCGUUUCCGGAAGUAGCCCCCGGAACCAGCCCCGACAAUAAAUCACCUACAAUCAGAACCACCGUCAAUGGAAUCGGUUUGGGAGGAAUAUCCGGCAAUAGAUCCGGAAACGCUAAUUCCAUAGGUAGAGUUGUGGGAGUAACUAGACCCCGACCUGCCAUGGGUGUAUUGUCCAAAAAGGCACCGAUUACUCAUCAGGGACCUGUUACUCUUAUUUCGCAAUUAUCCAACGUUUCUGCCGACGGCAAAACUCAACUGCAAAUCGUGUGUCAACCCGAACAACAGCAUCGAGCUCGCUAUCAGACGGAAGGUUCGCGAGGCGCGGUGAAAGAUCGUAGCGGAAAUGGCUUUCCCAUCGUUCGACUGAUCGGUUACGACAAACCGACGAGUUUACAAGUGUUUAUCGGCACUGAUCUUGGCCGAGUGGCACCCCAUAUGUUCUACCAGGCCUGUAGAGUAAGCGGCAAGAACUCGACACCCUGUGCCGAGCGGAAGAUCGAUGGUACUAUUGUAAUAGAGAUUGAUAUGGAUCCGGCAAAAGAUGUUACCUGCGACUGCGUUGGCAUUCUUAAAGAGCGUAAUGUUGACGUCGAGCAUAGGUUUCCUCAAGAAGCUGGGCUGUUACAAGGAAGAAGCAAGAAAAAAUCCACACGGUGCCGCAUGGUCUUUCGCACGACUAUCAAGCACGCCGACGGAACUACAGAGACCCUGCAAAUCUGUUCCCAGCCGAUAGUCUGCACCCAACCACCUGGUAUUCCGGAGAUUUGCAAAAAGUCUCUGACAUCCUGUCCGUGCACGGGCGGUUUAGAACUCAUUAUACUCGGUAAGAAUUUCCUGAAAGACACUCGAAUAGUCUUUCAGUUGGACAACGACGAUCUAUCGAGUAGCUUGGAACCGCAUUGGGAGUGCACUGUGCUACCGGACAAGGAGCACUUGCACCCAGUACACUUGGUAUGCGUGAUACCGCCUUAUCGUAGGCAGGAUCUAGCGCCUACAGAAACGGUCAGCGUCAAAUUGUUCGCGGUGUCAUCCGGAAAGACCAGCGAACCGCAUACCUUUCUUUACACGGCUGCCUCUACUCCCCCACAGCCGUCCAUAGGUAAAGUCGAGUCCAUCUCACCUCCGCUAACAAACGGUGACGCUAAUCACUUGGCCACAUCCUCCUCCGCGGUAUCGUUAGCUACGGGUGUCCCAUCCAGCAGUCUGUUAACGCCAACAGCUGCGGGAGCUGCAAAUUUCUUGUCGAAUGCACCGGCACAGGCGCAACAAAACACCUCUUCGGAGACUUUAAAGAGUGACCCCAGCCCACCACCAGCGGGAACAUCCCAAGUGACUCCCAUAAUGUUGUGGGCCUCACAAUCUUCAAACCCACCUUCCGAUGUCAUGAUGCCACCCCCAGUGCUCGUAGCAAAUCCCCUAAUGAACCGAAGAUCCUCGUCUAAUCUUCAGCUGAUCCUGCCGGAUAACUUAAAAACAGAAGUGCUAGAUGAAAACAGUCAAAAUAGUAUGCUAAGUGAAAAUAGCAUGCAAAGCAUUCCGACUCCGACGACGGCCACGAAUGGACCGACAUCAGUCACCUCUCCUCUUCAACAGUUGGUUAAUGAGAACUCUAGAGAAGCUGCAAACUCGCAAACUGAUAUUAUUCGGACUGUUACCGUUGCGACGGCUAAUAACAGCCCUGUGCAAGAGACUGUAAAUGGCCUUCUCGGAGUAGUGGAUCUGAUACGUACUCAGCAUCCUCUGUCAAUGGUGGCUGCACAUCAUCCAACUUCGUUUGGAGGCAUGCAUGAAUCAAAUCAAGUUCAAGUUCUUAGUCCUCAUUGCCUUAAGGACACAAAUGGUGUCUUAUCAACGGACAAUAGCUCCAAUGGAGCUGCCCUUCAAGGUGCUGGUGUAGUCGAUCUUCGGAUGAAACAUCACCAUCAUCCCGAAUUUGGCACAUUAUCGAGUUUUUCUGGUGCUUCUGGGACGCAGCCGUUGUCGGCGGCAAACAGUCAUGUGGUGGAGAAGUACCUAAAUCACAUGGAAUCCUCGGUUGGCACCACCGAGGAAUCAGAUAAUCCAGAAAAUGAGUUCGCUAUGCAACAGCAGCGAGCUUCCAUUAUUUCGGGAAGCAGCCAACAGUCGGCAGCUCCCCCGGGAAUUUUAGCCAAUACAGGACAAACAUCUGUAAAGUUGGAUGCUUUAGUAAACUCUGCGGCUGAACAGAUGGUCUCUCCAUUGCAUCCGGUAAAUUCCAAUCCCACUGCAAUGUUGAGCCAUGUAGCAGCAGAACACGAAACAAUGGGUAGCGGCCAACAGACUAGAAAUAGUCCACCGAUUCCGGUGAAGACAAUGCUGUUGGAAGCGCUGAUUCCGUCGCAAACGGUACAGCCAUUAGCAGAAAUUGCGGGUACAACAUCGGUAGCACCUGCGACGACAGUAGAACAACCAGGAGAUAAUCUUCUGACUACUAUCAACGCUGCACUAUUACCGCCAUUGCCAGAAACACAAGUCACCGCAGCAACUACUACACCAAAUUCUACGGUUUCUGGUAAUGCGAUACCAGCAGAGCGUAUGCAACAGCAGAUUCAAGUACUCACGCAACAAGAGGUAGCCGUGAUGCAGCAACAGGUACAACAAGUAGAGCAAGUAGUAGCGCAAGCGCAGCAGCAAGUUGAACAAGUUGUUGCGCAAGCGCAGCAACAGGCGGUCCAAGUAGUGCACCAGGCUCAGCAACAGGUAGUUCAGCAAGUGGUGCAGCAUGCUCAAGUAGUGCAGCAAGCGGUACAACAAGUACAAGCUGUGCAGCAAGUUCAAGCGGCUCAGGUAGUGCAACAAGCGGUGCAGCAGGCGACUGAAGAAGUUGUGCAACAAGCAGUGCAGCAAGCAACGCAAGAAGUGGUGCAGCAGGUACAAGCAGUGCAGCAAGCUGUUCAACAGGCUCAAGCAGCCCAAGCCAUGCAGCAGGCUGUUCAGCAAGACAUCGGUUCCAUGUUGAACCAGCCUGCGGGUUUUGUGGCCGAAGCUAGCUCCGCUUUAGCUAGUGGAGCUGCUCAGGAACCCUCUCAACAGCGUUUGACCAACGCAGCGGAACAAGCUAUCAACAGUGUCAUCACCAAUGCCACAAAGGAUAUUAUCAACAAUCGGCCGAUCUCGACAACUACCGCUCACGCAAUCAUCGCCACAAAGAAAAUUCUAAACAGCGUAGCGACUCAAAGUGCGCAAUUGAUGAAUAAUGCGAUGGAGGGAAUCCUACCGAAAUCUCCCUCGGCACAAAACAACAUCAUCGAACAAGUCGCCAGCAAAUCACCACCAGUCACACUCCCAGUCACUUCAAAUCGCCAGACUGUAAACGCUCCGAUUCCCAAUUCUGCCCCGAGUACCUCAACUAGUAGAAAGACGGAGGAUGGAAUGCUGCCUCAAGAACUCACUUCCAUGUCGGAACAUGAUCUUCUAAGCUACAUCAAUCCCAACUGUUUCGAGCAGCUUCCGCAAAGCGGAUUCCUCUUGUAGUAGUAUUGCGUUUCGCAACAAAGACAAAGAGGAUGAUUUUCUUCAACGAAUUUAUUUCCGAAUGAAAGUUUAAAGAACUGCCUUCCGUGUCCUGCAUUUGAUGCUAAACAUAGACGGUUGGUUUUAAAUUUCACUUGCCUUAUAUUGAAGAGUGUUUCAAAUAUUACAUGGAGCUUAGACUAGGCCGUAAUUAGCUAAAUGUGGGAUACAAAGAUUCAAGAACGUUUGAACAAUUAAAACGUUUUAUAGGUGAAUAAGACGGGCGUUCAAAUUUAAAUUAUUAUUUAAAUUGCGCGUUUAAAUAACAACAAUGCAUGUGAUAAUACUCUGAAAUAUGUACUUUAUUGAAAAAAAUUGAUAGACCUGUGAAGUUCGGUAGAAGUGAAUAUGAGAUUAUUUUAAGAGUUGCUUAAAAUCUCUAAAAA